AAACAAUCAGACCAACAAGUUGAAUUGACAUUGAUCACCGGCCCGUGAAUCUAUUCACAUUUUCCUGUACUUAUUUUUUCAGCCUGAGAAGUAGCUGGCAACAACACCAAUGCUUGUACAGCAACUAGCACUAUUUACGCCAUUUUCAUACGUAAUUCUUGGCGAAAUUAUACCAUCUCGUUCGGGGAAAAUGAGGUUAAAAUUCAAGACGCUGGUUAUGCUCUCGUUAAGCGUGGGCUUGGUAGCGCUUGGUGGAUAUUUUUACCGGGGGAGUGGCGGGGAAGGAGAUUACAACGGCCGCUUAUCUGCUCAAGGACCGCUUGUUGGCGAUGACUUUGUUCGCGUGCCCGGCCACGUACGGCAGAAACAAGACGCAAAGAAGCAUCGAGUUAUUGAAGAUGAAAUCGUGAAAAAUGUUAUGAGCGAUGAAGGAAAAGGAAAGAAACACAGGAUAGAAGACAAAAUGGAGGAAAAAGUCCCGCCGCCAGCACCAAGGAAAGUGAGAAAGGUUUUCCCGGACCCGAUUAGUUUGAAACCACAGGGACCGAAGCCAGAACUAGGUGAAAGGCAAAACCUCCCCCAUGGAGCUCCCGUCAAAGAAAAAGUCCCCCAACCCCCUGUGCAACCGCCACAGCCCCCAGGAAAUGGCCAACUCCACCGCCAACAAGCACCUCAACCCCCUGCAGCUCAACCCCCUGCUCAACAAGCCCAACCAGCUCAACCACCUGCACAAAAACAAGCCCAACCAGCCCAACCCCCUGCACAAAAACAAGCCCAACCAGCCCAACCCCCUGGGAUAAAUGACAAGCCCCACCCCCAGGACAUCAAUAAUCCCCACCCAGGCCAAGAAACCGCGAACAUCAAUCAAGCUCGACUAGAGGCAGCAAAACAAAAACAGAUGGUAUUGAUGGAAAAUAUGAAACAACAAUCCCAGCAUGCAUCACAGCAUAAACAGGAAGUCAACCAGGCAGUGGAUUCUGGGAAGCAGCCAGGACCCAACUCUGUGAUCAAUCUGUCCGUGGUGUGCUGUGGGGACAGGACAGAUGAGACGGUCGUCAUGUUGAAGACGGCUACCAUUCUCACUCAACAAAACUUGCAUUUUCAUAUCUUUGCUGAGGACGAUCUACAGGCCGGUAUUGCGCAGAGGUUGGACGCAUGGCCUGCUGUUUACCGUCGCAAGAUUCAAUUUGACCUCCGCCCGAUAUCAUUUCCACCCGGAGAAGACCCCGAGAAAUGGAAAAAGGUCUUUAAGAUGUGCGCCACCCAACGACUCUUUCUACCCGAUCUCCUACCCCAUGUCGAUUCCUUGCUCUACGUGGAUACAGAUAUCCUGUUUAUUCGUCCGAUAGAGGAGAUUUAUAGUUUCUUCAAGCAAUUCAAUUCUACACAGAUGGCAGCCAUGACCCCGGAGCACGAGGUCAAGAAUAUUGGAUGGUACAACCGUUUUGCAAGGCAUCCGUACUACGGAGAAACGGGAAUGAAUUCUGGUGUGAUGCUGAUGAACCUAACCAGAAUGAGACAAUUUGGUUGGACUAAGAAGAUUGUUCCUAUCUAUCAUGAAUAUAAACUCAAAAUCACGUGGGGAGACCAAGAUCUUAUCAACAUUGUCUUCCAUGACUAUCCACAGGGGCUGUUCCCGUACACAUGUGAAUGGAACUAUCGACCGGACCACUGUAUGUACUCUAACAACUGCCGUCGGACAGACGAGCACGGGAUAGCCGUUAUACACGGCAAUCGAGGCGUCUAUCAUAACGAAAAGCAGCUCGCAUUCAGAGCUAUCUAUGAGUCUUUUAGAGAUUAUACCUUUGGAGCUGACCUGGAAAUGGGUUUAAUCCAGCCUCUCACUCAGCAGCUGAACCAGCCCAGCCUGUCUAAAAACUAUUGUGCACAAGCAGUCUUAUUACCAGUCACUUCAACGCUAAAAAAAUAUGUAAACAAGGUUAUUCCUAUCAAAACACCUGUUUGAUAAAGCCUAUAGAUGCAUGCAGGUGAAAGACUGCAGUGUUGUGUUGGUAGUCUUUAUAACAGUCACUUCUACGGUGAGUAGGCGAUCGGAUUGGGUUGUUCCAAUCUAAACUUCUGUAUUAAUGAGCCUAAUAUUUGAACAUGUGAGUCACCAGUGAGUGCAGGAAGUCACCUCAUGGACAAAGUGGCCUUUGACCUGAGGUUUUUAGGUGGAGAUCCCGGAUUUUCUGAAGGGGAUGCAUAUUGCCCCCAAAAUUUGAUAAGCGUAAAAAAGGGUCAUCACUUCCAAUUGAAGGUCUUUGGGGAUCUUCUCUUUUCUCUUAUUUUUGGUCACAAUUUUAUGUGGAGCACCCAUCCCCCCAUCCGCAUCUAGCAUGUAUGUACAGUAGAAACCAUCUGGAUAACAAACCCAACAUGAACAGUGCAGGAAGAGCGAUGGUCCUGUGCAACAAUAUGAGGCGAAUGUCUUUGCGAGAGAAGUUAAAGCAUUGUUCAACGUAAAACAGAGAGGCCGAGAUUAUUGAAAGUGAAGUGAUGUUAUGAUUUCGGAUUAGGACGAUAAUUGUAAUCUGCAUGAAUAUUAAUGAACACAAAUUGUCUGGUGAAAUCAAUGAAACAUGGUCUGCAUGAAUAUUCAUGAACAAAGAUUGUUGAAAUUGCAUAAAUAUUCAUGAACAAAGAUUGUUGAAAUUGCAUGAAUAUUCAUGAACACAAAUUAUGUGGUGAAAUCAAUGAAACACGGACUGCAUGAAUAUUCAUAAACACAUUGUGAAACCAAUGAAGCAUAUGGUCUUCAUUGAUAUUUGUAAACACAAAUUGUAAGGGGAUAUCCAUGAAACAUGGUCUACAUGAAUAUUCAUGAACACAGAUUGUUGAAAUUGCAUGAAUAUUAAUGAACACAAAUUGUGUGGUGAAAUCAUUGAAGCACAUGCUGCAGGCAUAUUCAUAAAACUUUGUGAAAUCAAUGAAGUAUAUGGUCUUCAUUAAUAUUCAUGAACACAAAUUGUAAGGGGAUAUCCAUGAAAUAUGGUUUUCAUGAAUAUUCAUGAACACAAAUUGUAUGGUUAACAUCAAUGAAACAGCCUACAUGUACAUGAUUGUUUGAAUAUUCAUGAACACAAAUUUUGUGCUGAAUAGCAAUGAGACAUGGACUGCAUGAAUAUUCAUUAAUACAAGUAGUAAGGUAAAGUUAAAUGAAACAUGGUCUGUCUGUAUAUUUGUUGAUAUUUGUGUUGAAAUUUGCAUGAAUAUUCAUGAACACGAGUUGUUUGGUGAAAGCAUUGAAACAUGGGCUAUGUAAAUAUUCAUGAACACAAAUUUUAUGCUGAAAUCGAUGAAACAUGAUUGUUGAGGAGCUCCUUUUACGAUGCAAUACAUGUUUCCGUUAUGGGAAGAUAUGCAACUCAAUGGAUAAGUCUGUAGAAUUUUGAAAAGUCAUCUCAAUCGAAACUGGGCCUAAAAGGCACCAGAAGUCUGUGUAGCAUGCAACAUGACUGUACGACCAAAGGGUUCUGAACCCCGUCUUACAAUGAGUUACGAUUGAUCCGAUCAAUCACAAUUACGGACGGCCUACAACGUCAUCAUCUAGUAUGCAUGUUCAAAAAUAUUUUCUAGCUAUGAUGUAUAUUCAUGCAUUCAUUGUUUUAUUGAAAAUUUACUGCGCUUCUCUUUGUAUACAAAGGACAUUGUGCAAAUUUUUCGUAGAAAAUUAUGACAAAUGGAUUUCCAUAGAGUUACGAUUGAUCAGAUCAAUCGUAACUCUUUGUAAGACGGGGCCCAGAUCCUUAAACCUAUAGAUUUGCAUCUGUGUUAUAAACUGAUUAUAAAAAGUUUCCCAAAUUAAGUUAUUAUCCCCCCAAAAUAACAAAAAUAAGCUUAUACAUCUGGGGGGGGUAUUCUGAAAAGUCUCGUAAGUUUCCACUUAAGUUUCCUCAUAAGUUACCCAUUUAAUGGAGCGCUAAUGUACCUCCAAAUUCGUAUUCUGAAAACUCUAUUAGCGCUCAAUUAACUCCCUUUAGGCCACGCCCCUACUGAGCCAAAUUAGCCAAUCAAAUGCGCUCUUACAACGUAAAAUUUUCUCCCAGCGCGUAGUGUCUCUUCACUUUGCUGGCUUGCAGCGCAGCGCCCGGCUGCUGCAGGUGGACUGCACCACGAUAUUGAUACAAAAAAUUUUUGCUGAAAAAUAAUGCUAAAAGCAUUUGCAUCGGAGAUUAACAGGAGGGUCAUUAUGUUGUUGAAGCUAACUGUUGUCUUUUCCCUUUCUCUCAUUUAUUGUACCUUUGUGAUUUUCUCUUUUUUUUCGAACGCGUUCUGAUUUCACAUCCACCUAUUGUAGCUUUCUUUGUUUUGUUUUUUUUACAAUAUUUUAUUUGCCUCUGUCUCGGGGUCAUGAUGGGGGGGGGGGUUCUUCUUUAACUUAAUUCCUACUUAUUUUAAAAAUAACAUACUUUUCAUUUUUAUGAGAAAUCUUCUUCAACAAAAUGCUGAUUUGAAUAAAAUGAUUUUAAAAAUCAAACUAGCAUAAUCGUUAAAAAAGCCGAAAUUUUAUUGAAAUUGGAUGUACAAAUGUUAUGAUAUUUAAGAUUUUAUAGGUGGGGAAAACGAUGGCAUCCCUCACUAUUUUUUUUCUUUUGUACCAAAGGGGUCAAUGCUUAUUUUUUCAUUGUCGGAAACAAGGUUUGAUUCCCCCCUGAACAUUGCUGCAUCUAUUGUUACUUGGCAAUCUCAUUAUUGUCAAAAUAAUGUGCAAAAAUACUUUAUGAUGCUUAUAAUAAAAGAAAAUAUAGAAAAAUAAUAGUCAUAUUUCCCCUAUAAGUACACAAUUUCUGUUUUCUUUUUCCUUCUUUUCUAAUUUCUUUAUUACCAAAUAUAGCCCCCAUUCCUUAUUUUACUUGUAUAAAUUGUGAAUAUUUUUUGAACAAAUUUAAGCCUGAAACAUAUUGUUUCAAAGUCCGCCAAGUUUGGACACCCAUACCACCUUCUUUCCCUUUAUUCCCUUUUUAUACCUUUCUCCUUUAUUCUCUUGCUUCCUCCUAAAUUUGGUCGCAGUAUUAAACCGAUUUGAUGAUAUUUAUACGAAAUGAAAGCCACAUUUAGCAAGAGAAAAUGAGACUUAAUGGACCUCUUAUCACCAUUAUCUUUCCCCACUGGAAAGUCCGCUAAUUGAGCGCUAAGAGACUUUUCAGAAUACCAAAAGUCUCGUAACUACUCAAUUAAGUCUUCGCGCGGUCAUAACGCGUACUGUUGCAAGUGCGCGCAACGCAACCCUGCCAAAUAAGGAAAGGGGCGCUUAAGGACGUUCCACAGUUAAAGUGAAAUCCAUGUCAUUUUCACCAAACUUUGCACAUAGAUACUUUAGAACCUUAAUAUUCGAAAUAUGCCAAAAUUAACAUAGGUCCAUGUGCUCGAUUUUUUGCUAUAGAGCUUCAAAGUUCACCCAAAUUGAUGUUGUUAAGAAUUGCGCAUUCAAAAGAAUUUGGCAUUUUUAGACCUCGCAAGAUUACUACAAUGAGUUUAAACCUCUAUUACUCAGUCAAAAUACAUGAAAAAGUCAUCAAAUUUCGCAAGAGAGUUAAUAAUUGUAUCGUUAGAAUGGAGAAUCUAUUUAUAGUGCUAUUUGUUAGCAGUUUUAAGUCUAACAGCACUGUCAGUUCUUAAAAUGGCGUAAAAGAUAACAAGAACCCAAUCUAAAAAAAUGUGAAAUUUCAAUAACAUACUACAAAAGUACAAUAAAUGCUGCACUUUAUUCAAAAUCCAUGUCAUUUUCACCAAAAUUUGCAAAGUUGUAGAGGAAGGUAUACCUAAGAGGUAUAAACAUUAAAAAAUGGGGGUUCAUGUGCUUGUUUUUAAACUAUCAGCAUUUUUUUUGGAGCAAAUGUGCUUUUUAAAACACAAAAAAUGUGCCGAAUGCUUUGUAUCUAUGUGAAGAAAAAAUCAAAACCACUCUACCAUUUAUUCAAACUCGGGGACUUAUUCGUGAUUCUUGGCAGCACUGCAGAGUAAAGUAUUUUGAAAUUGUAGAGAUGUUUUUUUUUAAAUGGUCCAUGGAAUAAUUCCAUUUUUUUAGCUUCAUAAGAUAAUGCAUCGGAUCUGCAGUUAGAGUGCAGAUGUUGAGAAAAAUCAGCUCAUACCCAGAGCUAAUUAAUCACCUGUUCAUCCAUUGUGACGUCAGCGCGCAGAGUGUAAAGUAUGCGCAGAUCAUAAUGCGCACAAACAUAACUGUGGAACGUCCUUAAGUGACUUUUCAGAAUACCAAAAUGCUAAUUGAGUGCUAAUUGACCGCUAAUUGAGCUUUCAGAAUACCGCCCCUGUAUAAUCAUGAAGAAUGCAAUUUUUGAGAAAAUUCAAUGCAAUAUUUUAUUUUAAUAAAUACAAUGUUAUAGUAAAGUAGUCAUUGAAUUAACAGAAAAAAUAUACGUGAAUUCUUAGGAAAUGUAACGCCUACGGUGUCAGUGGCACUUUUGCCAAAUUUAAGAGGUGAUCAUUUUCUUGAGCGUCAGAACGGCUUUGGUAUUAUCUUCUUGCUGAAACGAUAUAUGUGUGCUUUAUGUUUUUUUUAAUCUGUAUCCAUUAUUCCAUUUUGCUGUAGAAUACCUUUUUUAAAGCUUAUAAUCACCCCAAAUACCUAAUGAUACAUUAUUUACCAAUGAAAAUAUUAUAAGGUAGGACAUCUACAUGUACUUAUAAAGUAAGAAUAUGCAAGUUUGAUUGAAAAAUGAUAUAUGAUGAACUUGUAAGAAUUGUGAUAUGCAUGACCUUAUGCUCUGGUUGUAUACAUAUCCCUUAAAUGGUACAGCAAGUUACACAAGAUUUGAACACAUAACUUACAGAUAAAUACCAGUUGUGCAUUGGAUACCCACUAUUAACAGCCAUAUGAGAGAUGUAUGACAUUUGUGAUUGAUCACAUGUCUGGGUAUAAAACUGGUCAUUGUUUAAGUUGUUUGUAUGGCCCGUAUUCUAAACUCGAGUUUUAAAUUAAACCGUGGUUUUCAGCUGUGGUUUAACUAUGGAGAGCCAAUUGGAACAAAAAUCCCUGUACACAGUACACAUACAAGUUGUAAACUCAUAUGACACCCAGAUUGUUCAUAAUUGUCUUGGAAUGAUAACUGAAGUAUUUUUCUUUAUAAUGAAAGC